AUGUAAUAACAUUUUAAUUACGCACGAUUAUUAAAAUAUCCAUUCUCCAACUAUAAGAAUUAUGGUUAGUUAACCUAAGUGAAGCUUGAUAAAAGUUUAUUAGAAAAUAUUGAGAAUAAACAAUAUCAUUUUAUUUAGUACUAUAGAUAAAAUGGACAUUUGGUUGCUUAAUUAGAUCCAUUACAAUUAAUUGAGAAGUAAAAAGAAAUGUGAUUCAUAAUUUAGUAAAUAAAAAGAGAUGCCAGGAGUGUUAGAUUUUGGAAUCAAAUACAAUGAUGAUAUUAAGGUUAACAAUAUUUUGAAGAGGGAUCUUAAAAGUAUUGAAGAAUUAGAAGAAUACAUAAAUAAAUUGUAUGCAUCAAGUGUAGGAGUAGAAUUUGAAUAAAUUGAAGAUCCAGAAGAAAAGUAAUGGCUACAUGAAAAUUAUGAAAAAUUUAUCAAUGAAGAAAUUACCUAAGCUGAUAGAGUUAGCAUUCACAAUCUAUUAGUUUAAAUGGAAGCUAUAGAUCAUUAUUAUCAUAAGAAAUUCACUACUUUUAAAAGGUAUGCUGGAGAAGGAGGAGAAGGUGUAAUAGUGGCUUUGAGAGCAAUCUAUGGUUAAGCUGUAGAAUUAGGAGUUACAGAUGUUGUAUAAUCAAUGGCACAUAGAGGAAGAUUCCCAAUAAUGAGCAGUUUGCUAGAUUAUCCACCAAGUGAUAUUUUUAGAAAAAUUAUGGGGGAAAAUGAUUUACCAUAAGAAUAUACUUUUGGUGUAGAUGAUGUAGUUCAUCACUUAUCAACAUCAAAUAAAAAGAAGUUUAAUAACAAAGAUUUAACAAUUACUGUUGUUCAUAAUCCAUCUCAUUUGGAGGCUGCUAAUCCUGUUAGUUAGGGUAAGGCAAAAGCUAAGUAAGAUGAUUAUGGUAAUGUUAAUUAAGUUUUAAAUUUAUAAUUACAUGGAGAUGCUGCUUUUGCAGGUUAAGGUAUUGUAUAUGAAAGUAUGUUGCUUUCUGGAUUAGAUAAUUAUACUAAUGGAGGAACUGUUCAUAUCAUAUAAAAUAAUUAAAUUGGUUAUACAACUAAUAUUAAGGAUUCUAGAUUUUCAAGAUAUAGUUCAGAUCUUCUAUUGGCAUACAAAUAUCCAAUUCUUCAUGUCAAUGGUGAAGAUGUAGAAACCCUUCAUAAAGUCUCUAAAUUUGCUGUUGAAUAUAGAUAGAAAUUUAAAAAGGAUAUAUUAAUUGACAUUGUAACUUAUAGAAAAUAUGGUCAUAAUGAAGUGGAUGAACCUUCUUUUACUUAACCAAACAUGUAUGAAAAAGUAAGAAAAGCCAAAUCUUUACCUUUAAAAUAUAAUUAAUUAUAUUUCAGAUAGGAAGACUAUGAAAAAAUUAGAUAAAAAGUAUUCACCUAUUUAGAUUCUGAAUAUGAAAAGGCCAAAACAAUGAAAUAAACUUUAGCUAAGAUUACAGAUGAAAAAUCAAAAGGAUCUAAGGCAUUUACAUAGAAAUGGAGUAAAAUGAAAUUUACUCAAUUUUGUGAAUAAGAUGCAAAAACAGGGUUAAAUAAGGAUUAUUUAAUCAAUUUAGCUAAAUAAUCAGUUGUUAUAAAACCAAAUUUUAAUUUACAUCCUAGAUUAUAGAAAUAUUUCAUUGAUGAUCGUUUAGAUUAAAUAUAAAAAAAUUCAAUAGAUUGGGCAACAUGUGAAACUAUUGCUGUAGGAUCUUUAUUAGAAGAAGGAUACAAUGUAAGAUUGAGUGGAGAAGAUGUUGAAAGAGGAACUUUUAGUUAAAGACAUUGGGCAUUUAUAGAUUAAAAAACAGAAGAAAAAUGGAUUCCUAUGUAAAAUUUUGCAGAUGCUAAAUUACAGGGAAGACUUUAAGUUGCUAAUAGUCCUUUAGCUGAAGCUUCAGUUAUGGGUUAUGAAUUUGGUUACUCUUUAGAAAACCCUAAUAAUUUAGUUAUGUGGGAAGCUUAAUUUGGAGAUUUUUACAAUACAGGUUAACAUAUGUCUGAUACAUUUAUAACAUGUGCAGAAGAAAAAUGGAUGAGAUAAAGUAGUUUAGUUUUACUUUUACCACAUGGUUAUGAUGGUGCAGGUCCUGAACAUUCUAGUUGUAGAAUGGAAAGAUGGUUAUAAUAAGGUGUAUAAAACUAAAACUUUUAAUUUGCAAUUCCAUCUAAUCCUAGUUCUAUUUUCCAUAUUUUAAGAAGAUAAAUGCAUAGAUAAUUUAGAAAGCCUUUAAUAAUUGCAAAUGCUAAAUCAUGUAUAUAAUAUUAUUAAUAUAUUUUUUAGUAUUAAGAUCAAACAAAGCAAAGUGUACAUUUGAAGAUCUAGGUGAAGAUAAAUCAUUUUAAAGAAUAAUUACUCAUAAAUAAGGUGAAAAUCCUAAUAAAGUUAUAUUUACAUAUGGAAAAUAUGUUUAUGAUCUAUUAGAAUAAUUAGAAAAGAAAAAUGCUGAUAAUUAUAUCAUUUUUACUUUUGAAUAAUUGUUACCAUUUCCAAAGUAUGAAUUAGAAUAAGGAUUAAAAUAAAUUAAAAAGGAUGUUAAAUUUUAUUUUGUUUAGGAAGAACCUUAAAAUUAAGGUGGUUUUAAUUAUUGUCAAUUACAAAUUGAUCAAGUAUUAUCUACUUUAUAAUUUACCAAUAAAACUAUAAAUUAUAUAGGUAGACCUGAAUGUCCCAGUGUUGCAGUAGGAGCAUCUAUUCUACAUAAAUAAGAAUUACAAAAUAUUGUUAAAUAAAUUGAUAGUAUAUUAUGA